CAAACAAAAAGAACAAAAUCAACGGCACCUGAAGAAACUCCCUCCCCUCAAUUUCAUCGCCCGCUUCACCUUUCUCUCUCUAGCUGAGCCCCUUCAUUUUUCUCUAUCUUGAAACUCUAGAUGGCUUCAACAAUGCUCUCUCUCGUCUCUGCUGCUCUGCCACUACAAGAAAAUCACAAGGGGAAGAUGAAUCUUGGCAGUUCUGAUCGUAGUUCUUUUUUGAGGAAGGAGAAAAGAAACCCCUUCAUGAAGACCAAGUCUUUUGGCCGGAUAAAUAUGGCUAUUGCAGUCAAUACCUCUCGUUUUGAAGGUGUAACAAUGGCCCCUCCUGAUCCAAUUCUUGGAGUUUCUGAGGCUUUCAGAGCAGACAAUAGUGAGAUGAAGCUCAACCUUGGAGUCGGGGCCUACCGAACAGAAGAACUCCAACCUUAUGUGCUUAAUGUUGUCAAGAAGGCAGAAAAUCUUAUGCUGGAGAGAGGAGAAAAUAAAGAGUAUCUUCCGAUCGAAGGUUUGGCUGCAUUUAAUAAAGUUACAGCAGAGUUAUUAUUUGGAGCUGGCAAUCCAGUAAUUGAGCAACAAAGGGUUGCAACCGUUCAAGGUCUUUCUGGAACUGGAUCUCUUCGACUUGCUGCGGCCCUUAUAGAACGAUAUUUUCCUGGGGCAAAAGUUUUGAUAUCAUCGCCAACAUGGGGUAAUCACAAGAAUAUUUUCAAUGAUGCUAGAGUUCCCUGGUCUGAAUACCGAUACUAUGACCCAAAAACAGUUGGCUUGGAUUUUGAUGGGAUGAUAUCCGAUAUAAAGGCAGCCCCAGAAGGAUCUUUUGUGUUGCUUCAUGGCUGUGCUCACAACCCAACUGGUAUUGAUCCAACUCCUGAACAGUGGGAAAAGAUUGCUGAUGUCAUUCAAGAGAAGAAUCACAUUCCUUUCUUUGAUGUUGCAUACCAGGGAUUUGCAAGUGGAAGCCUUGAUGCAGAUGCGUCAUCCGUGAGAUUGUUUGCUGCACGUGGUAUGGAGCUUCUGGUUGCCCAAUCAUACAGUAAAAAUCUGGGUCUUUAUGCAGAAAGGAUUGGGGCAAUCAAUGUGGUCUGCUCAUCAGCAGAUGCAGCGGCAAGGGUAAAGAGUCAGUUGAAAAGGAUUGCUCGACCAAUGUACUCAAAUCCUCCUAUUCAUGGAGCUAGGAUUGUUGCCAAUGUUGUUGGUGAUCCAGCUCUCUUCAAUGAAUGGAAAGAGGAGAUGGAAUUGAUGGCUGGAAGGAUAAAGAAUGUGAGACAGAAACUAUUUGACAGCCUCUCUGCAAAAGAUAAGUGUGGAAAGGAUUGGUCAUUUAUACUAAAGCAGAUUGGCAUGUUCUCAUUCACAGGGCUGAGCAAAGUUCAGAGUGAAAAUAUGACAAAUAAGUGGCAUGUGUACAUGACCAAGGACGGGAGGAUCUCAUUGGCUGGAUUGUCUUUGGCCAAAUGCGAAUAUCUUGCAGAUGCCAUCAUUGAUUCAUUUCACUGUGUCAGUUGAUAUCGGUGGAUGGAUGAUAAAUAUGCAUUUUACAACCACACAAUUGAUCAUACUGGGUGAGUCCUGAAUUCCCUAGCAAUUAUUCCAUGCAGACUUUUUGCAAAAUCUUGUAAUAAUUUAUGAUAUCUGACUCUCUGAAUUCCUGCAUUUGAAGUUCAUAAUUGAGGCAAUUUUGUUACAUUCUAGUAAUUGAUGAAGCACACCUGAGGCAGAGUUUUGUGAUUUUUUA